AUGGCUCCCGCCGCUCUGGAUAAUGCGAAUCCUACCAUCUUGAGUGCCUCGCAGCUGCCGACGCGCCAAAAAAAGGCAGCUCCUCGCAAAGGUCCCGACAGCAAGUACUCUGAUGUCAUUUUCUCCAAGCCGUCAUACCUAUCGCAGCCGUGUUGGGAUGAAUCUGCGUCGUGGCCGCACGGCGAUAUCGGCCAUGAUGAGUACGCACCAGAACCCAUCGAUGAGCAAGAAAUAUACGACUUGAUAUCGACCAUUUCAGAUCCAGAACACCCUGUGUCACUUGGUCAACUAUCCAUUGUCAACAUUGACGACAUCCACAUCAGUCCUUCUCCGAACCUCGGCGUUCCUGACCUGAAUACUAUUGUUCAAGUAACUGUUGAAAUCACCCCUACUGUUACACAUUGCUCCCUUGCCACCGUAUUGGGUCUUGGCGUAAGGGUUCGACUGGAACAAUGUUUACCGCCAAACUACCGCGUCGAUGUCAUCUGCAGAGAGAACACUCAUAGUCAGGAUGAUCAAGUCAAUAAGCAGUUGGCUGACAAGGAACGAGUCGCGGCAGCUCUGGAGAACGACUCAUUGAGAGGAGUUUUAGAUAAGAUGCUUGAGACCUGCGUCUAA